CAGCCCAGAGGCCGCCUUCUGCAAACAUGUCCAUGGACUCCUCCAGCAAGGCCCUGAAGAUCAAGCGCGAGCUGAGCGAGAACACCCCGAACUUGAACCUGGCCCUGUCGGACGAGGCGCUGAUGGGGCUGUCGGUGCGCGAGCUGAACCGGCACCUGCGCGGGCUGUCGUCGGAGGAGGUGGCCCGGCUCAAGCAGCGGCGCCGCACGCUCAAGAACCGGGGCUACGCGGCCAGCUGCCGGGUGAAGCGCGUGUGCCAGAAAGAGGAGCUGCAGAAGCAGAAGGGCGAGCUGGAGCGCGAGGUGGACAAGCUGGCGCGCGAGAACGCCGCCAUGCGCCUGGAGCUCGACGCGCUGCGGGGCAAGUGCGAGGCGCUGCAGGGCUUCGCGCGCUCCGUGGCCGCCGCCCGGGGCCCCGCCACGCUCGUGGCCCCCGCCAGCGUCAUCACCAUCGUCAAGUCGGCCUCGGCCCCGGGGCCCCGCCCCGAGCCCGCCCCCGGUCCCGCCCCCGCCGCCUGCUCCUAG